UUUUUUUUUCUUUUUCUUUGAAUGGUUAUGUGAUGAUCCCUCUGCAGCAGCUUUUGGAUCAUUUAGAUGGAUUCCUUUGUUGCUUGUUCUAGAUUUUUCAUAUUUAUUGGCUACGCAGCUGAUUCAUGCAAUGCCAUUUAUCAUUAAAAAAAGAAAAGAAAAGAAAGAAAGAAAACAUUAUUUGCAAGUUUUAUAUUUUCAUUCCCUUAUUGAUAUUGUUGUUUGUAUAGAUUGCAAUGUAUCUAUGCUUGUUAAGCAGUUUCUUUUCGUUUAAUUGAGAUUCCUUAGAAGCUUUGAAAAAUGGAGGAACAUAAAGACGAAGAGAAUCCACUACUUGUUUCGCCAUCCCCUGAUGAAAACAUCGAUACAAAUCGGCAUCACAACCAACCGAAAGGCUCCGAUGAGGCAACUCAAAGUGCUUUUCAUGAUGGCCCUGCACCGGAAUCAUGUUCAUCGCGGAGUCCGAAGAAACCAGGAACUGCUGGUGAAGAUGCCACAUCCGACGCAUCAUCGGCGCAACAUGACUUUCGAGAUGCGGAGUCGGUCCAGCAGGUGUUUAUAAAUAAACUUUCGCAAGGUCGAAUGAGAUUUGGCGACCGAAGAUCAAAGCGUUCCGAGCAGGGCAUUGUCGGUACAGGCGUCAUCGACACUGCUGCGCCUUUCGAAUCUGUUAAGGAAGCUGUAAGCAAAUUUGGAGGCAUUGUGGAUUGGAAAGCCCAGAAGGCCGUUACCGUGGAGAGGCAAAAGAAUGUCCGACUAGAACUUGAGGAUGUCGAAGAAGAGCUUCCUGAAUUCAAGAGAAAAUCAGAAGCCGCAGAAGAUGCUAAAGCACGAGUACUAAAGGAGCUGGAUAGCACCAAAAGGCUCUUGGAGGAGCUCAAACUAAACCUAGAAAAAGCCCAAACCGCGGAAGCCCAGGCAAAGCAAGACUCGGAACUAGCCGUGCUCAGGGUGAGAGAGAUCGAACAAGGCGUCGCUAGUACCGAAAGCGCUGCAGCGAGAGCUCAACUCGAGGUCGCCAAGGAAAGACAUACUACAGCUGUUGCAGAUUUGGUAUCGGUAAAACAAGAGCUCGAAGCUCUGCGAAAAGAUUAUCGUUCUUUAGUUGCUGAAAGGGAUAUUGCAGUUAGAAAGGCCGAAUACUCCACUGCUGCAUCAAGGGAGAUUGAGAAGACCGUCGAGGAUCUUAUGUUGGAACUCAUUACAAUGAAGGAAGUGUUAGAAUCUGCACAUACUGCGCAUAUCGAAGCUGAAGAGCAGAGAAUUAACACCGCCUUGGCUUGGGAGGAGGAUAAAAUUCGCUGGGACUAUGAGCUCAAGCAAGCCGAAGAUGAGUUGACACAGCUAAAUGAACAGCUUUUUGCGACGAAUGAGCUGAAGUCGAACUUAGAGGCAGCUUCUGCUCUGCUGCUCAAUCUAAAAGCGGAGCUAGCCGCUUACAAGGAAGGUAAAACAGCAGAUGAGGAGCGGGGUACUGAGGAAGCACAGAGAACCAUUCGAGAAACUUUAGCUCUAACUACGAAGGAGCUUGAGGAAGUGAAAUCUAGCAUUGAGAAGGCGAAGGAUGAAGUGAUGUGCUUACGAGUCGCUGCUGUUUCAUUGAAUUCUGAUCUAGAGAGAGAAAAUGCGGCCCUUGCUACUUUGCGGCAGAAGGAAGGAUUAGCAACUCUGUCGGCUCAGUCUCUCGAGGCUGAGCUGAACCGUGCCUACACCGAACUUGAGUUCAUCCAAACCAAGGAAAAUGAAGCGAGAGAUAAGACGGCUGAGCUGCCAAAAGAGCUGCAGCAAGCGGCUAAUGAUGCGGACCGAGCAAACUCGGUUGCUCAGUUAGCAAGAGAGGAACUAAACAAAGCCAAGGAAGAAGCCGAGCUCGCCAAGGCCGGGGUGAGUACAAUGGAGAAUAGGCUAAAUGCCGCGUUGAAGGAAAUCGAGGCAGCUAAAGAAUCGGAGAAGCUGGCACUUGCAUCCAUAAAAACACUAGAGGAGAGUGAACAAGCCGCGAGUCUUGAACCUGGCUCCCCUAUUGGGGUGACACUUACUGUCGAAGAAUACUACACUCUCAGCGGGAAGGCCCAUGAAAACGAAGAGCUAGCGAAUAAGCGAGUUAUCUCGGCCGUAGAGCAAAUCAAAGCGGCGAAGGAUAGCGAAGCAAGAAGCUUGGAGAAGCUAGAGGAGGCGCAUAGAAAAAUCGAAGAGAGCAAAAAUGCUUUAAGAGUUGCAAUAGAGAAGGCCGAGCAGGCUAAGGAAGAGAAAUUGGCUAUAGAAGAUGAGCUGAGGAAGUGGAGGGAAGAGCACGAGCAGCGAAGAAAAGCUAGCGGUGCGGCUCAAGGCUUAGCUGAGUUCCCAAAUUUUGCUAGUGAAGAAGAGACCUGCCGCGUCAUCGGUCCUCUAAGUCCUAGAGUGAACAGGCCAAGGGAUCAUAUACAAAAUGCUGUACCGGAACUGAAGAUGAGGAAGAGAUCGUUCUUUCCGCGGAUCGUCAUGUUCUUAGCCAGAAAAAAGGCGCAGUCCUUGAAGUAAUUGACGGUACACUACUAACUUUGUCGUUGUCGUAUAUUUCCUGUAUGCUGAUAAGUCUAGAGUUCCUUAGUUACAUGAUAUUCUGUACUUAUUCAUAAAACAGGCUUCUCAUCUUUUUCUGAUGAGUAUAAAUGUCUUGAUUACAUGAAUCACAGUGUUCAAUCCGCGCUGUUCUUGUUACAUUGUUAUAGCUUGUUGAAGAUUGUGAUGAGAAAGCUUGUAAUUGAUAUUGAAAAAGAAAUUUUUCAGAAA